AUGGCCUUCGAGACCAAGGCGACCAUCGCCUCCUUCGGCGGCAAGCUGCUCAAGCUGUCGCACCAGUCCUCCACGACCGGCACCCCCAUGGCCGUGAACCUGUACCUCCCGCCCGCGGCCCUCAAGCCCGGCGCCAAGGUCCCCGUGCUCUUCUGGCUGUCCGGCCUGACCUGCACGCCCGACAACUGCACCGAGAAGGGCUUCUUCCAGCACGGCGCCGCCCGCCACGGCCUCGCCGUCGUCUACCCGGACACGUCGCCCCGCGGGCUCGACAUCCCGGGCGCCAAGGACAGCUGGGACUUUGGCGAGGCCGCCAGCUUCUACAUCGACGCCACCGCCGCCCCCUGGCGCGACAGCUACCGCAUGGAGACGUACCUGACUCGAGAGCUGCCCGACCUGCUGUUCAAGGAGUUCGCCGCGCUCGACGCCGCGCGCGUCUCCCUCUCCGGCCACAGCAUGGGCGGCCACGGCGCCCUGACGCUGUACCUCAAGCACCCGGGCAAGUACCGCUCCGUGUCGGCGUUCGCGCCCAUCGCCAACCCGAGCCGGUGCCCGUGGGGCGAGAAGGCCUUUUCGGGGUACCUGGGCGCGGACGACCGCGAGGCGUGGAAGGCGCACGACGCGACGGAGCUCGUGGGCCGCUGGGCGGGCGGCCCGCUCAACAUGCUCGUCGACGUCGGCACCGGCGACGCCUUCUACAAGCAGGGCCAGCUGCUGCCCGAGAACCUGGCCGCCGCCGUCGAGGCGGCCGGCCUCGAGGGCCUGACGCUGCGCAUGCACGAGGACUACGACCACUCGUACUUCUUCAUGGCGAGCUUCAGCGAUGAGCACGUCGCCCACGCGGCCAAGUAUCUGGCUGCUUGA